AUGAACAAGUGGGCUCUCAUUCUGCUUCUGCUGGCGAGCAUCGUGUUCGCGGAUAUCCACAUCCAGACGUUCAUAGGCGAUGCAAGCUGCGACGGCGAGGCGACCAUCGACAAAGUGACAACGGCCGGCAACUCAGACAGCACCGCCUGCGUCUCAGCGGGCCGAUACCUGGCCGUCAACGUCCUCAGCGCGGAUCCAACCUUCCAGUGCAAUUUCUACUCCGACGAGGCGUGCCAGGAUCUCAUCGGCACGCUCGACACCCCCGGCGUGUGCACGCUCUUGACAGGCACGAGCCUCACGUGCUUCACAACCAGUCAGCCGGCCGUUGUGGUGGUUCCUGGUUCUGCACCCGUGACGGCGCCGGCGCCCACAGCCAACCCCGUCGCCACGGUCUCGACAGGAAAGUCCCUCAUCACGGUCGACCUGGGCGGCGCGGUGCUGGUCCAGUCGGGCGUGCAGACAAGCUGCGGCGCCACAGCCUGCGACCCGACCACCCCGUUAACGAAGCCCUUCCAGCACCUGAACGAGGACUGCACCCUCAGCGUCACAAUGACAGGGUCGUACGACAACGCUGACGAGCGCGACUACAUGAGCGGACUGAUGCAGGCGGCCGUCACGCAGACGGACACAAACAGCAGGGUCGAUACCACGGGGUCAGCCGAAGACGACGACCUGAUUCUCGAUUCCAUCAGCUUUGCGUCCGUCGUGCUGAAGGGCAGUGACGACAACGCCAUCCAAGCCCAGAUGAUGUAUUCUGUCGGUGUGAGUUGCGUGCCGCCCGCAAACGCCGAUUGCAACAGCUUGGAGCAGACCAUUACCAGCGACCUUCUGAGCAAGGUACCCGGCGCGGGCGAGGUUCUGUCGACACUAUUUGAGAUUUUCGUCUGCGGGGAGUCAUAA